UCAAGGUCUUCCGAGCGGGUCCGCAAGGCGAGUACGAGCGGCGGAAGCAACUGGGGGAGCUGCGAACGGGCGACCCGUUUCAGGACGAAACCGUGGGGACGCUGCAGAAGCUCUACGACGUGCUGAUCGGAUUCGGAGGCCACCCCGAGUUCCAACUCCAAAAGAGGAAGCGGCGGCCAGCCUUCUGGUCGCUGUUCAUGCGCAAGCCGCAGAGCCACCCGCCCAUGAGGGGGCUGUACCUGUGGGGCGGUGUGGGCACGGGCAAGACCAUGAUGAUGGACCUCUUCUUCCACGAGCUCCCCGAGUGGAUCACCAAGUCGAGGAUCCACUACCACGACUUCAUGCUCUCAGUGCAUUCCAGACUGCAGAAGCACAAGGGCACGUCUGACCCCUUGGAGGUCGUGGCGACCGAAAUCACGUCUGAAACGAGAGUUCUGUGCUUGGAUGAGUUUAUGGUAACAGACGUUGCAGAUGCCAUGAUUCUCAACCGCCUCUUCAAGCAUUUAUUCGACAGAGGACUGGUGCUUGUGGCAACAUCUAACCGCCCCCCAAUACGCCUCUACGAGAACGGCCUUCAACGGGACCUCUUCCUCCCCUUCAUCGCUCUCCUCCAGUCUCAGUGUGUGGUGCAUGAGAUCCAGUCAAUGACUGACUACAGAAAGCUUGCAGCGGUGGAGCAGGGGUGGUACUUCACAGGCACAGGGGCGGCAGCGCUGCUGGCGAAGAAGGUGGAGCUGCUGGUGGGAGGGCCGCAGCUGGGCCCUGUGGACGUGGAAGUGCUCAUGGGGAGGAAACUCAGGCUGCAACGAGCAGCCAAGGGAGUGGCGUCUGUCAAAUUCUUUGAGCUCUGUGAGGUGCCUCUUGGUGCAGCUGACUACUUCGCCCUCUGCAAGAAUUUCCACACUCUAGCAAUGGAGGGCAUUCCUGUAUUCGGAGCGUCCAACAGAGGGGCGGCGUAUCGAUUCGUCACUUUGAUAGAUGUGAUGUACGAGCACAAGACUCGCCUGGUCUGCUCGGCAGAGGGCACUCCCUUUGAGCUCUUUGAGCGCGUGGUUACCAUCGCAAACGCGCCACGUAGGACAGCCGCCAGGUCAGCGAGAUCUGAUGAUGCUGACGUGGCGGUGGACGACGAGCUGGGAUUCGCUAAGGACCGCACAGUCAGCAGGAUGAUGGAGAUGCAAAAAGUAGCAGCGCUAGAAUUCAUAUUCCCGAAAGCAAUCGAUUCUUCAUCACUCGCAUUCGCUUUCACGCAUCCCCUCUCCCCUGUCAAACCGAUUCCCGUCUUCACACAUUUCGAAACCCUGCUCGAUAGCCUUGCCACCACCUCGUGCAUGGCCCUCCAGCAGCACGACAGCGUUGCGUCAGCCUCGGACAAUCCCCCCUCGAGCCAUAUCCGCCAGAUCGCGUCCUUCUCGUUCCGUCGCGAGGCCACUCGCACCUUCGAGACCAUCGACCUCAACAAGGACGGAAAAAUCUCCGCCCAUGAGCUCGCGACGCUCCAAGCGCGGCUUGACAAAGCAGCUGCUGGGUCGAAGAAUGGAUUGUACGAUAGUACGACUACUAGUAGUAGUUUUCUCGAGGCAGGCGGUGAUUUGAUUGGACUCGCGGAGGAUGUGAUUCGAGAGGCUGACGUGGACGGCGACGGGAUGAUUGAUUUCGAGGAGUUUCUGCUCUCGGCGCGCGCAGGGCCGUCCCUUCUGGGCGAAUACUUCGUCUCAGUUCCAUCGUCCGAUGACGAGGAAUCAGAAUCGGACGGUGGAAGCGACUCAGAAAAGGACGAAAUGGAAGGAGAUUUGUUCCGCGCGUUUGAGGUUUUUGACCGUGACAGCAACGGGGUUAUUAGCGCGGAAGAGCUACAGUUCGUUAUAGGUGUUCUUAACGGGGAUGAUUUGACGGUGGAAGACUGCAAACGGAUGAUAAAGCGGGUGGACACUAACGGGGAUGGAUGUGUGGAUUACAACGAGUUCAAGACCAUGAUGGCUGGGAUCUUUGAUUGA